CAACGGUGACUUCUGCAUCUGUGUCUUUGCCGAGAAACGCACUGAGGCCGUGUAACAGGAAGUGUAUGAUGCUGCCUAACGUGAAAUGGAAAUGGUGACAGACGAGGAGGUGGACGCGGGAUUCCGAGACCUCUUCGCCAAGCUAGUGUAGUCGGUGGAAUGCCGCAUCUUUUGUUAUUGUGUUAACAGACACCCCCUCUAUUGUUUAUUUUCUAUUGAACUACUCUAUUUGUAUGUAGAGGGUCAGUUACCAUUGUUCGCCAGUAGGUGGUGAUCUGGUCCCAUUGUGGAUCAAUUGGAGACUAUGCCCGUACGCUCUGCCCAUGCGCAGGAGAAAUAAAGGCGCAAGGCAUGAGGAAGAUGCUAACUGGUCCUCUCUCUGUUAAUCCACAGGUGUCAGAAUGUACUGUCUGCCAGGCGGCUCAGCAUACCAUAAAGCAGAAUGUCCGAUAUACUCCCAUAAAGCUUGCAUUUGGGUGUGACGGUAUGUUGGGGUGUGGAUGCCAGAUGCAGAGGCGGGCAACACGAGGAGCAGUUUUAGUGUCUUCAAUAGCAAGUCCAAAGCAAAAUCCAAAAGAGCAACACAAGGGGGUGGCGAAGGAAAAAGGAAAACAACAGAAAAUGUCACCACGAACACCGGAUCAGGUCACACAGCCAUUUGAACUUAUGGACAGCGGUGUGGAGGAUUAUAUUGGAGCGGAGACAGUUUGCGAGGACAUUAGGCGGCUUGAUGAGAUCAGGGACAUAGUCCUCAAAAACGUGUCCCGAUCUCAGCAGAGAACCAUGCAAGAGAUUAGUUUGAAACGGAAGCAAGUCAGCUUUGCAGCGGGUGACAGAGUGUGGCGACAGAAUGUGAGGAGCCAACAGCGUAAGGGUGGGAAGCUGGAGUCCAAUUUUCUUGGGCCCUUCACCAUCACGACAAUCCACGGGAAAAGUGCUGAUCUCAUUGGGGACAAUGGAGUGGAUUACAAAAAAAUCAGCAUGACCACCUAAAACAUUUCAGGCAGGAGAAUCUGCGGAUUCCCUCCAAAAUUGGUGAAUACGCUGCCACAGGAACUGCUGUCAAUGUGCCAGGUGUGUCUGUCCCCACUGCCACUGUCCUCACUGCAUAAGACCUUUGGUGAUUGUCGCAGUAGCCUCAGCCCUCGCCACCUCAAGACAUGCAGCCACUGUCCAAGCUACGUCUGCCGACUGCUUCUGUCCCUGCCGCCACGCCUACAGCCACAGUCCGAGCUGCCUCUGUCCUCGCUGCCACAGGACCAACUGCCUCUGUCCUCCCAGUCACUGUCCCAGGUGCAGCAAGACCUGAAUGUAAAGACUCUCCAGCUGAAGGACGUGUCGCAUCCCUAAAUAGUGGCACAUACAGUGAAACAGAAGUACAAAAAUGUAUGUUUAUUUCACAUUUUGCCUUUACAAAUUGUGUUUACAAUUGUACUGGAGCCUAUCCCAGCUGUCCACCCUGGACUGGUGGCCAGCCAAUCCCAGGGCACAUAUAGACAAACAACCAUUACCACCCACAUUCAUACACUGCAACAUUUUCAUUUCAUUUUCUACCGCUUUUCCUCACAAGGUUUCCUGCACAUGGAUGAAUAUUUAUUCCUUUUAAAGUUGAUAAUUCCGUUUAAAUGUGUGUUUAAGAAAGCUGAAUGUUACUAUGUUCAGUGUUUACAUAUAAAUAUUUCUUUAAACUUGAGACCUGUAAUAUUUGUUAUCAUUUUCAUUUUUUCAUGUACAUUGAGGGAGCAAAAGCAGUAUUGGCAAAAGUAAUUGGCAAAAUCGGCCAUCGGCUCAGGGUGAUGGAAAAAAAACAACACCGGUCGAUCCCUAGUAGCCAG